AUGUACCUCUCUUGGCCCUUUUCCGAGCUCGACCAGAGCAUCUCCGGUGUCAAUCGCUUCACCUUCGCCACUUUCGGUCGGGUCACUUUCGGCGCCGCCAUCUCCAACUUCAGCAUCUCUGGUGCCAUCCGCUUCAGCCUGUCCAUCCUUCGCCCCAAGAUCGUUCGCCUCUUCCCCUUCAACUUCGCUACUGUCGACUGGAUCAUCUUCGCUUAG